UGCCUCUCAAUCCAAAGCAAAACCAACGGUCACGUGCUUUCAAAAACCUCUAUUCAAUCUCAAUUUCACAAAUCUUAUACAAUUCUCGUCAACCUGUCUUACAAAUCCAAACUUUCUUCUAUCAAUGGCUGCUUCUCCAAAAACCGAAAACAAACUCUUUAACAAUUCCAUUUCAGUUUCAAAAGUAAGAGUCAUAGUUAGGGUAAGACCCUUUCUUGGUCACGAUAAUGGCGACCCAGUUUCUUGUAUUUCACUUUUGGAUCAAGAUUUUGAAUCUCAACAUCAAGAAGUAGCGGUUUAUCUCAAAGACCCACAAACCAGUCGUAACGAGUGUUAUCAAUUGGACUCUUUCUUUGAUAAAGAAGACAACAAUGUGAGUAAGAUAUUUUACAGAGAAGUAAACCCUAUGAUACCUGUUAUCUUCAGUGGCUGCAAUGCUACAGUUUUUGCUUAUGGGGCUACUGGUAGUGGCAAGACAUACACUAUGCAGGGAACUGAGGAACAACCUGGCUUAAUGCCACUGGCAAUGUCGAUGAUCCUGUCCAUUUGUCAAACUACAGGCAGCACAGCACAUAUUUCAUACUAUGAGGUCUACAUGGACCGAUGUUAUGAUCUCUUAGAGGUAAAAGCAAAGGAGAUUUCAAUUUUGGAUGACAAAGACGGUCAAAUUCACCUCAAGGGACUAUCUAAGGUUCCUAUAAACACAAUGUCUGAAUUUCAAGAGGUUUUUUCUAGUGGUGUUCAGAGGCGCAAAGUUGCACACACAAGCCUCAACGAUGUAUCGAGUAGGAGUCAUGGAGUGCUUGUAAUAUCUGUAGUAUCCAAUCCUUCUGAUGGAACUGGAAGUCAUGUAUGUGGAAAGUUGAAUCUCAUAGACUUGGCAGGUAAUGAAGACAACAGAAGGAGCUGCAGUGAAGGGAUUCGUCUUCAAGAGAGUGCCAAGAUAAACCAGUCCUUGUUUGCACUGUCAAAUGUGAUAUAUGCAUUGAACAACCACAAACCAAGAGUGCCCUAUAGAGAAAGCAAAUUGACCCGAAUAUUGCAGGACUCUCUAGGAGGAACUAGUCGCGCACUUAUGGUUGCUUGCCUGAAUCCAGGAGAAUACCAGGAAUCUGUUCAUACUGUUAGUUUGGCUGCUAGAUCACGGCACAUCUCUAAUUUUGUACCUUCAGCUCAUAAACAAGAGACUCCAAAAGUUAAAGUUGACAUGGAAGCAAAAUUGAGAGCAUGGCUAGAAUCAAAAGGCAAGACAAAGAGCUCACAAAGACUUGGAGUAUUUAAUUCUCCACUUGUGAAAAAAACUCCUAGUUCCAUCAUUCCCUUUGCAAAAAGAUCGGUUAAUUUCAACAAUUCAGUGAAAGGGGGAACAACUUUCAUCAACCAAGAUGCUCAACACACUAUGGAAAGGGCCCUUGCUGUUGAUUUUAGAAAUUUACUAGAUGGUGAAGUUGCUUUUGACUCUUGCAAGGAUGAUGAGAACCUGCAUUCUGGUGUUAAGCACAAUGAUGAGAGAGAGACUGAGCAUGAGGCUGCAUCGGAAUCAGAUAAAAAUCUAUCUGAUGCAGUACUACAAAGUCCAUUAAGAAAAGCCCUCUCCCCCAUCAACAUCAAUGGUAACAAAAAGCCCCUUGAAGCUUUGUCUUUAACACCAACACCUUUUUCUGCAACCUGCUCCACUAAUAAAGGGUUUGAGAAAAAUGGCACUCCACUUGACAAAUUCAGUACAAGAAGUUCCACAUUGAAGAAAUGUCUAGUUCAAGAAUACAUUCAAUUGUUAAAUAAUGCAAGCAGAGAGGAACUACUAGAGUUAAAGGGUAUAGGAGAGAAAAUGGCAGAAUACAUAAUAGACCUCAGAGAAGAAAGUCCAAUAAAAUCGUUAAGUGACUUGGAGAAGAUUGGUCUCUCUUUGAAGCAGGCACAUAACUUGUUCACUAAAGCUGCAAAGAAACUAUUUGAAGAUAAAGCAGAAGAUUCAAUAGUCAAUUAACUUCCAUUCUUAAAUAUUAAUAACUUUCUUGGUCUUUUAACAAAGAUCCAAGUGUAUUAGUUUCUUAUUAUUUUUACUUUAUUUUAUUUGUAGUAUUGUUGCCUGUAGCAACAUAUUUCAGCUUGUUGUGUGUUAUUAUUAUUGUAACAAGGCACAGUAUUUUCCCCGCAUUAAUACAAAAAACGUGUGAUUCUUUCAA